CGCGGUGCGGCGGUGACCAGUCCUUCGCUGCGACCGGGGCCCUGGGAGCUGCUUUCGGAGCUGCUGCUCCUCUCGGUCCGGGAGCGGGGGCCAGGGUGGCGGGGCAAUGCGGGGCGGAGAGCCACUGGGGCGAGCCGGGCUGGCGCUGCUCCUCAUGGCCGCCGGGGCGGGGGCGAGGCCGCGGCCCGCCGCUCCUGGGGGCCAGCCCCGGUCCAGCGUGGUGCUGGUGGCCUGCGACUCCUUGGAUGGACGCUUGACAUUUUUUCCAGGAAAUCAGACUGUGGAUUUACCAUCCGUAAAUUUUAUGAAAAGAUAUGGUGCUGUCUUUCUCAAUGCCUAUACCAAUUCUCCAAUUUGUUGUCCUUCGCGUGCAGCUAUGUGGAGUGGUCUUUUUACCCAUUUAACAGAAUCUUGGAAUAACUUCAAAGGUCUAGAUCCAGAUUACGUAACAUGGAUGGAUCUCAUGGAGCAGAAUGGCUACCACACACAGAAGUUUGGGAAAUUGGACUAUACUUCUGGACAUCAUUCAGUUAGUAACCGUGUGGAAGCUUGGACUAGGGAUGUUCACUUCCUGCUCCGGCAAGAAGGGAGACCCAUGGUAAAUCUUACAGGUGAUAGGAAGCGGGUUAGAGUGAUGGAAGCAGAUUGGCGGAAUACUGAUAAAGCAGUAAACUGGAUAAAGGAAGAAGCUGUUAACCUCACUCAACCAUUUGUUCUUUACUUGGGACUAAAUUUACCACACCCAUACCCAUCACCCUAUGCAGGAGAAAAUUUUGGAUCCUCUACAUUUUUAACAUCUCCCUAUUGGCUUGAAAAGGUAAAUUAUGAAGCUAUUAAAAUACCCAAGUGGUCUUCUCUCUCUGAGAUGCAUCCAGUAGACUAUUACUCAUCGUACACCAAGAAUUGCACAGGAGAGUUUACAGAGGAAGAAGUGAGAAAUAUUAGAGCAUUUUAUUAUGCUAUGUGUGCAGAGACAGAUGCCAUGCUGGGUGAGAUUAUUUCAGCUCUGGGAGAUACGGGGCUUCUUAGAAAAGCAGUCGUUAUAUUCACUGCAGACCAUGGAGAACUUGCUAUGGAACAUCGUCAGUUCUAUAAAAUGAGCAUGUAUGAAGGAAGUUCCCAUGUUCCUCUUUUAGUUAUGGGACCAGGUGUAAAAGAACAGCAGGAAAUACCAAAUGUAGUAUCUCUUGUGGAUAUAUAUCCUACUAUGCUUGAUAUAGCAAGAAUUCCUGUCCCACAGAACCUCAGUGGAUAUUCUCUUAUACCGCUGCUCCAUAAAAAGACUGAGAGUGAAGUGUCACCAAGAGGACCUCGGCCCUCUUGGGUGCUGAGUGAGUUCCAUGGGUGCAAUGUGAAUUCUUCUGUGUAUAUGCUGCGAACUGGCAAAUGGAAAUAUAUCGCAUACUCGGAUGGCUGUUCAGUACUGCCACAACUAUUUGAUCUUACUGCUGAUCCAGAUGAGCUAACAAAUGUUGCCAUAAAAUUCCCACUAAUUGUACAUUCCUUGGACAAACUACUCCGUUCUAUAGUAAACUAUCCAAAGGUUUCUUCUUCUGUUCAGGAGUAUAACAAACGACAGUUUAUCAGUUGGAAACAAAGUUUGGGUCAGAAUUACUCAAGUGUUAUUGCGAACCUUAGGUGGCAUCAAGACUGGUUAAAGGAACAAAAAAAAUAUGAGAAUGCAAUUGACAAAUGGCUUGGGGAGUAGACAGAAACAACGUGGAUUUAAUAUGACUGAGGGUAUGAAAACACUAUGCAUUUGUAAUAUUAUACUGUAUUUCAAGUAUUAGAAUUAUUGUCUUAUAUAAGCUAUUGAAAGUAAAGAUUCCCAAACAGUUACCGCUUUGUGUUAGGGAACCAAGAGCAUUUUAUAUAAUGCCAGCAUAACAAAACUAGUGUUUUAGAUGUUAUUGUUCUGUAACACUUAAAUGUACACAAGAAGGAUAAUGUGUAAAUACUAAUUAUGUGUAUGGAAUAUUUAGCUGAUUACAAAAAUACAGAGUAUUAAGCAUUAAACCUCAAUAGGAAUUUCCAUUUAUAAGGACGGAGUAAAGAUUAUAAAAUCUAGUGAAGUAAGCUACCAGUUACAGUGGAAUUUGUCAGAUUGAUUAUAGGUCCACAUUAAAUACACAUUCAUCUGCCGGGGUUUGGAAGUUGUUAACUCACUUGUCUACCAUUGGUUUCUGUGUUGCCAUAGUUAUUAUAUUGUCUCCUUGCAUUGGCUAGCCAAAUGGGAAUCCCCUCCUUGGCCCAGCAGACCUUAUAAGCUGCGGGAAAUUUGAAUAAAGGCCCUUCUUUGCUGCUGGAUUCCCUGCGUGCUACAUGGUCUCUGUCUCCUGGCUUAAGUACCUCCGCCGCCUGUCCCUGCCACGAGGGAUGGGUGGUGGGGGGGUGAUUCCAGCCCUGAAAACCUUCACAGAGCGGCCGGCAGUGACCCCCCAGAAACCCCUCGAACUGCAACAUUCAUCCACUUAAGAGAAGCUAUAGCAGUUAAAAUAUAAUCAAAAAGUUAAUAACGAGUACUGGUCUAACAUAGAUGCGGUUUAUUCAAGUACUUAACUAUGUCAGCGUUCCUGUAUCAUAUACAUGACUGACUCUCCAUCUUUUCAACAUCUGACUGCUAACCUCUUGCUUUUAGAUCUGGUACUUACCACUCUUUGCUUGUUUAAAAUUUCAUAAUGUGCAUAGGCUCCUCAUUGCACAUGCGGAGGGGAAUCUGAUCUCUGGUCACGGUUGGAAAAUAGAACAAAAAAACCAAACCCAAAAAUCCUCUAACCAAAUCUGUGAGUAGAGUAGUUCUUUGAAAGGUGAUAGUGUGAUUUGCAUAGCAUAAGAUGAAAACUGCAUCUCUGUUAUGCAGUUAGAUUUUGCAAAUAAAUGCUUGUUAGGAUCCCAUUAUUAAAAGAUGCUUCUGCCCGAAUUAAGAUGCAGAUGAGACCAUGUGCCAAAGUCAAUAGUAUGGUUUUAUUUAGCAGUAAAUAUGAGGUAGAGAGAAAGAUAGAAAUAGAAAGAGAGAGAGAGAGAGAAAGAGAGAGACAGAUUAAGUAGAAAGAUAAAGAUAAAGGUAAAGAUAUCAUCACCACAUGGAUUCUAACAGGAUCUCACUGGUCCUUCUGGUCUUCUCGGUGAUGAGGGUCCCAAUGUCGUGCUUUUUGGGUACUGCUUUUAUGCAGUCCAAGUCCCAGAUAUUCACAGGGAGUCUCAGAUGUUCCCACAACUUGGGAUGGCAUGAGUGUAAGCAGUUGUUUUCUUUCUCACAGCUUGCACAGUGGAAUUUUGUCCAGUGUGCUAAUUUCAAACCUUUACCUUCAUUUAUGUCUAUAAUUAAUGCUUUCCUUUCUCACUGUUUUCCACAAUGGGAAUCUUUGUUCAAGGAGGUUACCCAGAUCUGUCUUACCAGACCUGGUUCUUAUCACAAGUUCCAGUAGUGGUGGCUUAUUUUAUGGAAAUUUCCUUCUUUGACAGUGUUUUGAAACAAUUCAUGGCAUUCUUUAAGUCCUGUCAAUGGUUUAAUGUGCAUCAAUGAGUGGAGAACUGAAACCUAAAAUAUAAACAGAGAAGACAGAAUCGAAGCUUACAGGAAGAGUUAACAUAAAAAUACUAUUUCACAUUUUUCCAGGGUUGUGACGAAAAACUAAAGUAGUUUUGGAAGAAGGUAGGAUUUAGUAACUCUUCUGCUUAAGGAGAAAUAUAAUUAUAGCAGCACUUAAGUUUGCUUAUUCUUGAUAACAGUGCUUGCUGCUAUAGUACCAAUUCAGAAUGACAUACUUAAUACAUAAAUCCUUUUCUAAAUCUGUAAUUAAAUACCUAGCAGUAGCAGUAAGCUAGUAAGACUAAACAUAAAAAGGACACAUAUUUUCUGAUGGCUAAGCACUCCACAUGCAUUCCAUAAACAACUUACCACACUGGAAUUAGGUAUAUACUGAUGAGGGUUUUAACUAUUUUCUGUCUUUGUGUCCACAGGAUAUUACUGCUAACCUUAUACAACUUGCUGCUAUGGCAGAAUUUUAUUUUUUUAUUAUAUAUCAUAGGCAAGGAGCAAACUAAUAGUUAAAAAAGCCUUCAAACUCUGUAGCACAUGCCAUGAUAAAUCUGGUUAAAAUGAGUUCAGGUAGGGAUGAAAUUACUUAAAAUAAAUGGGCUGCAUACUUAGAGAAAGUAUUUAUGUCCAUAUGAAUGUUUGUUCAAGAGGGAGAAGAAUAAAGAAAUUGAUUGCUUUCCAGAGAUCUGAACAAAGUGCAGUACAUUGUACAGAAUACAGUAAAAUAAAAUUACGGUGAACUGGAUGUAUUUUGGGUGUUCUUUUUUUAAUGCCUGAAUGUUUAAAAAAUUAUUAGGGGAAAUUGUAUUUUGUCACUUCUGUGGACAGUGCUUUCUUUGAAGACAUGAGCUUUUAAGAUGCACUAAUGUUAGGUUUACAAAAGUGCCAUUUUGAGGUACUUUCUGAAAUGGAAGAAAAAUUGGAAAAAAAACCUUCUUGCAACUACAUCUUGUGUCACAGACUGUCUAAAGAAGCCCAGUGCAUGGGGCAGGCUUCCAGAAAAUGCAGGAAACACCUUGUUCGCAAGGUGGUACUGUGAUAUGUGAGUCAAUAAGUAGCAGAUUGUGAGUCAACAGUAGGCACUCAGUAUGCCUACAUACUAUACUUCUUGUAUAUAGUCUUCUUAAAAUGCUUGUUUAAAAAGAAAAUGUUGACUUGUUAAAAGAAAAACUUUUGACUUUUGCAAGUUAUUUGUUAUUUAUGUGUGAACUUUUGUUCUGAAGAGCAAGAGAAAGGAAAAGCCCCUAACCACCUUCCUGUAUCUGUUGGCAAUAAAUAAUAUGUCUGUGUUGGUUUAGAACUGAGCUAAUUUAAGUGUAAAACAGAUGGAUUUAACAAUACAGUUGUAUUCAGUUACUGUGUUAGUUAUGCUUAUGCAUCUGCAUUAUUGUAACAUUAAUCAAAUGAGGUGUGCAGCAUGCAAGGCUGGCCAGGUAACAAAGGAAAAAAUCUGUUUUUCAAACAUGCCAAGUGAGUUAUGCAGUAUUAACACUGAAGAGAGACUGUGGAGUGAAAGACUGUGGCUGGAAUGCCAACAGGUUCAAACUUAUUGAUUAGAUGUAUUCAGGUCAACGCAGCUUUCUGAGACAUACCUGAGGCUACCAAGGGCAUUGGCCUGGUCAGCUUCUGCUGAGAGAGGUACCAUUGUUCUGUUGAACAAAAAUGUAUUUUUGUAAAUACAAGGUCCUCGUGGUCACUAAAGAGGUAAGAGACUGCCACUGUAAAUUUGCCAAGAAAUCACGUAAAAAUAACACUCUGCUGCCUUUGUCAGGAUAACUAGCCUAGCUGUUAAAAAAAAAAAAGGUGAAAUCCAGACUUUGAAUGCACUUGGACAAUGGCCUAUCCGAUCUACUUUCAUGUGGAAAUAGAGUCUAGACAAAAUUACUGUAAGUUAAGUUCAAAACUGGCUAAAAUCAAGCUCAGUUGUAGAUUCCAAAAAUCAAAAAGUGGGAAGGCUGAUAAAUAAUGUCUGCAAGAAUUUUAUGUAGUUCUGUUUUUUACUUCUUUAGUAAGUCUUUUACUUUUUUAGUACUUUGAAUGCAGGGGUAGGCACCUUUUUCUUAUUAAACAUGAGAAAAUGCACCUGGGGAGAGCUAUCAACCCUUUUGAAAAUAGGCUAAAAUUCAAAGUAGUCUUGAUUAGCUGGAUAAAAUUAUCUGAAAUCAGUAGGGUCAAAUUCAUCAUGGCUUAGUUAAAGGUCAAAAUAAAAUGGAAAUGGAAAAAAUACUAAAAUUGUGAACAACAAAAUGCCUAGGUUUCAGUUUUGCAGAACAAAAAAACCUCCCAUGCCUGGACAUUUUAGAGAAACAGAAGCAUAAUAUGUUCAGCAUAUUAUGUUCAACAGUGAUGGUCCUGGACGGGGGGUCGUGUGGCUGCUGCCCUCAUGGCAUGCAGGAGCAGGGACAGCCCCAAGGCCUGGGCCAGAUGGGAGAAGCUGCAGCAGUGCCAGGCGUGUGGAUAGUUAAUUUUGCCACCCGUUUCCAUGGACUUUGCUUGGCAUGAUGGAAGACUGUUCUUUCCCCAAGUGGUUUCUCAAGGAUGGGUGAAGGGCAUGUUCAUCACAUGAAACCUCAUGGCUUGGUUGCUUCUCUCUGCACUGCAACCAAGAGAAAAGCAUGUGUGUGUGGAAAUCUUUUGCUGAAAUCCUGAUCUGAAAUGUUCCUGUGGGCCUAGGUGGAUUGUAGCACCCUGACAUCAACUCUGAUUAUUAAACAGAUCUUAUCAAAAGAUUCAUUUUAGAUGGAUGAGGCAUUUUGUACUGGAAAAAAAUUACUUUUGACUUUAUACAAUUAAAUACUACUCAUGGCUAAA